AUGUCUAAUACUAUUUUUAAAACACCAAAACUUGUUCAAAAUUCUUCAAAAAAAGAUAGUAAUGUGAAAGAACCAAAAAGAAGUCUUAAUGAAUCUGAUUUUAAUUCUAUGUAUUCAGUGUAUGAUAAAAGAAAAAGUGGAUCUUCCAAUUCCAAUAUAAAAGUGUCUUUAAGAAUAAGACCACAUGAUGUUCCAUUGGAUGAGACUGGAAUUUCAAUAGUGGGAGAUAACACUCUCAAUAUAAAACAUGGAGAAAGAACAUUGGCUUUUGGUUUUUCGAAUAUAUUUUCUAAAGAUGCUACUCAAAGUGAAGUCUAUGAGAGGACUGCAAAGGAACUAGUUAAUGAUGCUAUUUCUGGUUAUAAUACAUGUAUAUUUGCUUAUGGUCAAACAGGAUCUGGAAAGACAUUCUCUAUUUCUGGAACAUUAUCUGAGCCAGGAAUAUUACAACGUUUUUCUAGUGAUUUAUUCUCCUCUUUUUCUAAUGCCAAUUAUUUUGUAUCUUACUAUGAAGUUUAUAAUGAAAAAGUUUAUGAUUUGUUAAACUAUACAAAAGAACCUUUAAGGGUUCGUGGUGCGGAUGUUGCUUUUGUUGAAAAUCUUGCAAAAGUUCAGGUAAAAUGCUUAGAUGAGUUAGAGGCGUUAAGAGAAAAAGCAUCACUUAAUAGAGCAACUGCCUCAACGUUAAUGAAUGAUCGAUCAUCAAGAUCACAUGUUGUGUUCAUGCUUCAAAUUAAUCAAGAAGUCAAUGAUUGUAAUAUUGAAAACCAUAAGUCAAACAAAAAUAGUGGAAAAUUUCUGCGUACUUCGACUUCCUACUUUGUGGAUUUAGCUGGAUCUGAACGUGCCACAGAUGUUGGAAGUGAACAUUUGGAGGAGACUAAGUCCAUAAACAAGAGUCUUAGUUUUUUACAAAAACUCAUUUUUGAUUGUGCUGAUAAAAAAACUUACGUUAAUUUUCGUGAAUCUGUCUUAACUCGUCUACUCAAAGAUUGUUUUGGUGGUAAUUCUAAGACUGUCCUCUUGGCCACAAUAUCUGCAGAAAUUAAAAAUAGAAGUAUAUCAAUUGGUACAUUGAGAUUUGCAUCAAAAGCGGCUCUUGUUCGUCAACAACCUAAAGUUGUUGAAGACACAAAUUAUGCUCAUAUAAAAUUACUUGAAGGUGAAAUUAAAGAACUUAGAAAAAUUGUUGAAGAAAAUAAUUCAAUUUGUAAGCAGGGUUAUCAUGUUGCUAGUUUCAAACAACCUAUUGCUCCAGCUCUUAUUGAAUUAAAUACAGAUUCUUCUUUGACAAUGUGGAUGAAAUUAGAAAAUAGAAUGUUGGCAUUUAAUAAUCAAGAUAUUUGUUCAAUAAAAAAUGAAGAAUCUUACAUAUGGAAUCUUAGAAUUCUAAUGGAAGAUUCGGUUUAUGUUAAUGGAAGAAUACUAAAAAAAAAUGAUGUUAUACAAUUAAAACAUUGUGAUAGAAUUGUCAUUUGCCAGCAACAAUUUUUUAUUGUUUAUCUUGAUAAUUCUACUUCAUUUGAUACUCUUCCAAAAUUGGAUGACGUUCGUGUAGAGGUUGCAACAAAUGAAGUUGCUUUACAGUACAAAGAAAUAUUAAAGAAAGAAAAGGAGGCAUUUAUUGAAAAUGAAAAAUUAAUUCGUUCUAAUAUUGAAAAGGAGAUAAAUGAAAUCCGUCAACAAUACGAGGAAAAAUUAAGAAGUAUUAAAGAUGAAGAAGUUGAAUUACGUAUUAGAGCAUUGGAUGAAUGUCGUAAGUUGAAAGAAGAAAUUUGUUUGAAGGAGCAAUUUGAGGCAGAAUUAUUGAAAAAGUUUGAAGAAAUUCAGACAGAGUUAUUACAACAUUUAAAUACUAUUGAAGAUGUGGCACUUGAAGAUGCUAAAUUUCUUCUAGAACGUGCGAAGUAUGAAGUUAAUGUUGUCAAUAGAAUGUUAGAAUCAUCAAAUAAAAUAACAUUUUUUAAAACAAGUAUUAUUAUCAAAGAUGCUCAGAAGUUAGAUUUUGUUAUCAGACUUCAAAAUAAAAAAGAAAAAAUUUAUACAGAUUUAACUUUUACAGAAUUUGAAUGGUUAAAAUGUGAAUUAACUGAUGCAUAUACAAAAAGUGGAUCUGAAGAAAUGUUUUCAAAAAAAUUUGAAGAUAUAUUUUACUCACGUAAUUAUCCAUGGAAAAAUAUUACCAAUAAUGUAACAUCAGGAUUGAUGUCAAUGGCUGUAAGAAAUUCAAUCAAAUUAACGGCAAAAAAACGAAAAAGUUCAAUUGCUUUUACAAAGAAAACUUUAUCAACACGUAGACAAUCGACAUUUACGGCACUUUUAGAAUCAACAAAUAUAUCAGAUGAAGAGGAGGAUGAGCAACUUCUUGGAAAUCCAUUCUUCUCCUAUCGUUUGUUCUUAAAUUCAAAUCUUAAAGAAUUACCAAAUUAUUGUAUCAGCACUCCAUAUCAGUAUGUAAUGGAUGUCAUUUUAAAAUUGUCAAAAUCUGUAAAAGAUUUAAGAAGUUUUAUGAAGGCAGACUUUAACAGAGCAAUGGGUCUCAAUAAACUUCAUGAUGUUGUAUCAUGUACAAACAGUUUGUGUACCUCAUCUAUUAUCUUUUCAACAAUAGAUAAUUUUUUUAGUAAGGAGCAAUUUAUAAACUAUACAUUGUCUAUUUUGGAAAUUAAAGAAACCGUUGCUACUUAUAUUUAUUCAUUAGAUUAUCAUACUUUAAAUAUUCAAUGUAACAUUAACAAACUGGAGGAACAAUUAAAUAUUUUUCAAAAAGUAUAUGGAACAUGUUUAACAUCCCAAAAAGUUAAUGCACAAGAGAUUUUAUACUGUAUACAAUUAUCAGACAGUUUUUUUGAAGGUUUUAUUUUAGGAGUUCAACAAUUUAACAAAGAUAUUGAAGCGCGAAUAAAAAAUAUUGUCUUAUCCAAGUCGGGUGAUCAUUUUCUUAAACAUAUUCAUGAAGUGACGACAUACGUUUCAGACAAAUUAAUAAGAGAUGAAGAAUCUCAUAAUUUGUUGGUACUCUUGACAACAAUUAGUUAUCUUUUUGAUAUUGAACGUGCUCUUUAUUUGGACAUUAAUUUAAAAACUUUUGAAAUCACUUGCAAACUUACGGAAUUAAUUCAUUGUUUAGAUGAAAUUUUUGAAAAAGAAGAUAAUCCAUUAAUUUCUGAACUUUCUCUUAAAAUCAAAGAGCUUGUUGUGAAAUAUGAAUCUGCUCGAUUACCAGUAAAAGGUAACAUAUUGUAA